GCCAAGACUCAAGACGACCGUGGUCAGUGAAAAUUUGUGUGUAUUAGAGAGAGAGAGAGACUGGGCUGGGCCUUCCACUGGUCAGCCGACUGCUCCACCUUUCAUUGCUGUGUCGCUUCCUGAAAAUUUUCCUGGAAAAUUGCUCUUCCGAGGUACUGAGUAGUGCGUGGGUUAUUUUUUUUUUUUUUUCUCCUUUUUUAGACUUUUAUAGAAAAGAAAAUGGGUCAAGCUCAGAGCGAGGUGGCCUCAGCCCAAGAGAUUGAUGUAGAUCAAAUUCAGAGCCAGCUUUCAUCGUCCAUGACACCACAUAAUUCUCAGCCAGCUACUCCAAUGAAAUCUCUUAUUGCAGAAGCUGUAGCAUAUGGGAACAAUGAGAAUGAGUCUCUUGAUGAAAAAGCUCAGAAAGCACUAGAAUGCCCAUGCAUAGCUGACUUGCGCAAUGGCCCUUGUGGGAUUCAGUUUUCAGAUGCGUUCCUUUGCUUUCUCAAAAGUGCUGCUGAGGAACAGGGUUCAGACUGCGUGCAUCCAUUUGUGGCUUUGCAGAAUUGUAUUAAAGCUAAUCCUGAUGCAUUUUCCAAGGACAUUUUAGAAGAGGAAGUGAAGAAAGAAGAAGAGCCAGCCCAAGAAUACAGAAUUAUCCCUCCCAAAUGGUCACGGGAAUCUCCAAGGGCGAACCCCAAACUUUAGAAAACAUGGUGGGAAAUUCCGAUGCUGCCCGUCGCUAGCUACCAAUUUUUCCACAUACGAAUUGCAGUUCUAUAUGCAGUUUUGAUGAAUAAGCUUGACCUCUAAUUGUUGAAGUAUAAAGUGAAUAUUUGUGAAAGUGAGUGAAGAUAAUCGAAUUUGGAUUGUGAAACGCACGUCAUCAAAGAAAAUGAGGGAAAGUAGUUUUGGGGUUCUAAUCUAUCUUGUCCUUUAACCAGGAAUAAUUAGCUCGCGUUUUUGUAUUUUUCAGUAUUAGAAAAGGCAAUUAUUGAAAGUGCACGUUAUAUUAGUUAAA